AUGCGCGUCUUCAUCCUUAUUGCUCUCCUUGCCCUGGUCGCUGUGGCUACCGCCCAGAGGUCUGGAGGUCCCCCGCCUGGUCGUCCCGGCGGACUCGGAGGUCCACCCAGUGGCCCGGGAGGGCCACCACCCAGGGGUCAUGGAGGACCACCGCCACAUGGUGGCCAUGGAGGUCCACCCGGCCAUGGCCCGAACGGUAAUUCUACCGAGGCUCCAGCAUCGGAGGCUCCAUCCUCUGAGGCUCCAUCCGACGACUCUUCCUAA